AAUAGAAAAAUACAAAAAAAAAUUGCAAGUGACACCUUUGGAACUGGAGGCCAAUGAAGAGCUCAGAUCAGAUGCAGGGCCAGGGUGAUAUAAUCUCAGAUGGCUUCGCCAUUGAAUCUGAAUCCGCGCCGAAAACUGCCCCUCCGCCAUCAUGGGUGGAAUGGUGUGAACGCAACUCGAAGCCUACAUGCAGAGCGGUGUCCCCGACCCCACGGAAACUCACCAAAUGGCAGAAGCGGGGUCCGAUGAGCAAGAAGGAUUGGAAACACUUCAGCGCCUGGGCGGCAACUCGGGCCAUGCCCCGGGAGCGAGCUGAGGUUGAGCCAACUCCGUUGCCCUGUGCCGCCAAAUACCUGCCAUGCUACAAGUGGGGAAGAAAACCCUUGGAUCCGGACGAACGCCAAGAAAAGUUGGAAACGCUAUCCACACCCCGCACCAUCACCGAGAAGUAUGCUAGGAUCUACAAUCCUCCAGCCUACUCCCCGGCGAUUGUGUGGGGUCGACCGCCUCACCGGGACCCCGGAAGGCCAUUCAAGCCUCCCUACGUUCCCGAAUGUUUCCCAACCGAGGAGGUCGAAGCCGAUUUCUGGGCUCAGUUGCGUUUUCCCAUUCGUCCGGCUGCCCUCCUAGGUUUGGCCAGCCCCCGAAUCGUUAGUCUGGCCAAGCCACGCGAGUACCCACCUAUUCCACACUGUCUCAUCCCGGAAAGACCAUUGGCUCCCUUGGAGGAGCCACCGCCGCCGCGCAAGAAGUUCACCCGCAGUGGAUGGCGCCACCACCAGAUUCGGCUGAUGUACCUCGCCAAACCGAUCACCAGGCCGUCCUAUGACUACUUCUACAUGGCGUGAGUCAAGGUUGCUGCUUUUGGUUCUAUCAUGUUUUUGCCAAAUUAUGAAUAUUUUCUUUCGGAAUAAUAAUUUUAUUUAC